CCCCGUCCGUCCUCCGUCUGCCCGCCCUCCUCGCCCGCUCCUUUCGCCAGCCUUCCUCCUCUCCAAGCCGGGCACCCGCCGCCGCCGCCGCCGCCGCUUUUUCACCGCCAGCCGCCGCCGCUGCUUUUUCGCCGCCACGAUGUCUGAGAUCCUGCCUUACAACGACGACAAAGUGGCCCGCUAUGGCGCCGACUCGGAGGUGGGCGACCUCUCCUUCAGCUGCCGCCUCCAGGACACCAACUCCUGGGGCAACCAGGCCAAGCGGCCCCCGAAGUUAGGACAGAUCGGACGAGCCAAGCGAGUGGUCAUCGAAGACGAUCGAAUAGACGAGGUGCUGAAGGGCAUGGCUGGGAAAUCGCCGUCCGGGGUAUAAAGUGGGCAACCGCAGCGCCUGCACCAGCUGCAGCGGAUUCCCCCGAAUUUUUAAGCACUUUUGGCUGUGCAUGUUUGUUGGGAUUGUGGACAACCAGAAAAGCACGGAAGAAGAUGAGGCUGCUGGCAACACCCUCCACCUCCAACGCGACCCCGGCCCGAAGAGGGAACUGAUGGGGGCCGUCAUCUCCCCCUCCUCCGCCGCCGCCGCCUUCCACGGAGCGCCGCGGGACGCCGAGACCUUGUCAUCCCACGUUGUCCCCGCCCGUUGCCAGACGGGACGAUGCCCAAUCCCGGAGUUCAAACGACCCUUCUAGAAAAAGAAAAAAAAAAAAAAAGAGGCCUCUUUUUUUUGGCGGGAGGGAGGAGGAAGGGCCGGCGCUGAAUGGCGCUCUUGCGCCUUGAGGAGCUGUCCAUUUCAGCACCGCCGCCGCCGCUCGGCCCGCCGAGCCGCUGGCGCCGGCCCGGCUUCCUACGCGCCUGCAGAUGGGGGGAGCCGUUCAUUUCAGCACCCGCCCCGCUUGGAUGCACUGCCUGCGGAACCGUCCACCGCAGCGACUACUAGGCUAUGUUGUCUUGUCCCUACUAGCAUCUUGCCCCUUUCCCCCCCUCUCUUCCCCUCCACCCCCGACACACACACACACACACACACAUACAGAAACACACACACACAAACACCACUCUUCCGGUUCACAACAGCAGCAGUUGCGUUCCCCUCUUUGGUCUUGGGUGACCCCAUGCCACGAUAUGACGGUGCUGAGCCACAGGAUCGCCUAGUGCUCUUAAUUUUUAAAAAAAGGGGGGGGGUCUCCUUUAGCAAUGCACUUUACGCCUUUCACUUUGGGAUGGGGGGGGGAGUGGCUGCAUAGCUGACAUCUUGCAUAGGCAUAGAUCCCCAGGUUAACAAAUACCAGAUCCACCCUGUACUCUAAAUAUAAUAGGUUUCAUCGUAUUUGUAUAAUAGUUUACCACUCAAUAGUCCACACUGGUAACUGCUUCAUCAGAGUUCAUUCCUUUAUCCCUUAUUCCCCACCUGUAAAAAUUACAAAAAGAAAAGAAAAUUUGUUUGCAAAAUACCAGCAGUUUGGAAGCAAACUCAAAGCCAGCAGUGCUGAGUGGAAGAAGACAAAAAAAAAAAAAAAAAAAAAGAUUCUGAUUUGGAUGGACUAUAGUAUAAAAGACAGUGAUUAUUUUGCUGUCAAGAGACAUUUUUGCUCCAUCUUUUUUGCAUGAGCUUCCUGGUCUCGGUGCCACGUCUUGGUGCCACUGGUCAUCCCACUAUGGCACGCUUCUUUUUAACAGAAAACUCUUCAUAUUUGUAUUUUUAUAUCUGAAUAUUUGUUAAACAACAAUCUGCUAAUGUCUAAUGUCAAACGUUGCAUCAAAAGAUUGUUUGUAUUUUUUCUCCAUAAAAGGAAAGGCAGACAAGAUUUAUAUGGUGGGUUUCUCACAGGAAGGCAGAAAUAUCGAAAAAAGUUGGCUCUUUUAAUUAUAUCAGUAUUGAACAGGACUUACUGAAUGUGUUUUGCACUCAUUGUUGACAAGAAAUGUAUUUAACGAAUCUUAUACUGUGGUCAUGGCUUAGUUGAUGGACUUUGAUGAAUUUGGAAAAAAAAAUAAUUGCACUGUUUAUGAAUGUGUUCAGAUAACUUGCUGGUUAUAUGAUGCCUCUUUCUUAAGAGGGGAUAUUCAGAGCUGUUUUUAAUUUUGUACUUUAAUUUAAUUUAUUUUUUUUAAGAAGCUUAUUGUCUGUUAUGCAUGGAAAAAGAAUCUUUUCAAGAAUAUACAAUGACAUUUUAUGAAGACAAGCAAAAAAAAUUAUAAAAGAAAAAAAUGUCAUGACAUUCUAGGAAUGACCCAUUGUAAAUUUUAAUGCCAUUUUUCACUGUAUUGGUGAACAAAACUCAAUGAAUAAAUACAUACAUGUAUUAAAAUGGAA